UUUUUUUUUUUAUUUAUUUUUAAUGAGGUGUGGAAUGCAUUUUGGCCCUCAAGGAAAUUAUAUGAUUUUUUUGUUCUUAGGAGCUUUUGCUUUUGAGAACAAAACAUGGUUCUGGGAGUUCUUGCCUCACUGUAUUAAUUAUAUUUUGACCUGCAUUAUUGAAAUCAUAGAAUGUUUUGGGUUGGAAUUGACCUUGAAGAUCAUCCAGUUCCAUCCCACAUCUGAGCUGCAUCAGGCUCAGCUGGUGAGGAGAGUGUCACCUGCAUGCUGUGAGGUGACACCAGUGUGGCACUUGCUGCUCAGGGUCCCUGCUGUCCCCAGAGCUCUGACCCCAGCACCUGUCACCUCCCUGCAGGUGAAGCAGAGGCAUUUCAGUCCCUUCUCCCUGCACCCCAGCAUGGUUUGCAUGCCAGCUCAUCUGUCCAUCUCACCUCAGUGAUCCUAAGGGUUGCUGUGGUUAUUAAUCUGUGUAAUAAUCUUGUUGUUUUACUAUUAUAUUUAAAUGUUUGACUGCAAUAUAGUUGUACACUGGGAAAUUAUACCAUACAAUUUUUGCUGAGCUUGUGAGCUAUAACUUAUGGUCUUUAUUCAGUUUGUAUAGAUUGUUUUUUCUGCUGUAUAAUUUAGAUUUAUUUCCCACAUCUUAUUUCUUGUAUGCCAACAGUGAAUCUCUGCAGAAUAAUCACUGUUAAAAGUUCCACAUUUCCUUUUCAUGUUCUUCCUUUAUCUUAAUUAUGGCUUGACAGCUCAUAUUUGCUUAACAGAGGUGCUGAAGAGUAGUAAAAGAGUGUGUUCUCCAAGCUCAGUACCUUCUCUCUAAACAGCAAGAACCCAGAAGUGUCUCCCUGAACCUGAUUUUUUCCUUAGAUUUCACAGACACCACUGUGAAGUAUCUUGACCUAAUACCAAAAGCAGGGGCUUAAAACCAGUUAGUUAAACUACAGUGGAGGACAAAAAAAGUAUAAGAGUAAGGCUGUCUUCAAAAGUGCUUUUGGCAUGUAGGUUUUUUAUUCUCAGUGUGUUUUUAUUGGCAGUGACAAUACUGACUCAGAUGGAAAACUUGUCACUUCUUAAGUGGUCACAUGGUUUGAGGAGCUUUGUUUAUUUUAAAAUGUGACAGCUUUGCAAAACCUGUGUGGAUAUGUGUGGGGAGCCUUUUCUUAUCCAUCACUACAGGAAGAUUGUCCCUUCCCUGCUGCUGCAAAACUUCCCUCCCAUACUGGGGCCCCUGUAGCCAUCCUGGGGUGGGUGCCCCAUACUCAGUAUUUCAAAACCAGGUGGCAGCGUUGGUACCUUUGCUGAGGUACCUUGUAGAAAACCUAGCUCAUUUCCUGUCAAACAAACAAAAAAACUUUUCAUUAACUUCCUUGUCUUGGCAACUUUUUCAAAAAGUUCCAUUUGUCACUGGUUGUCCUCAGCUUCUUCCCCUGUGGUCUCCUCUGCAGUGGAUGAAGCUCCUCUGGGGUUUUGUCUUGGACCCUUUGCUGCACUGAUGAGUAUGGACAACUUUUUAGCACCCCCCAGUACUGGAAAAAGCUGAAUAAUUUGAGAGACUGGUCUAAAAGUCAACCUCAGAACCAUGAUGUGCUGUGCUGUGGUGGUUUGAGCUUGUAAAUUAAUUUUUGGGUUUGUAUUUGAAUGAUGCCCUCAUGUCUUAGACUCUUUUGAGCUUUGAAAGCAUGUGCAUGCAGCUGCUGACAUUUUGGCUUUUUCUCCAUGUUUCUUUCCCUAUUUUCUAUUUCUUCACUGGUCCUGGUUAAAUCAGUUUAUUUAGGAAGCCCUGCCAGGUUCCUUCCUGGCUUCUCUUCCUUCUCUCAGAGGCACAAUGGUGAUUUGGUCAGUUGCAUCCCCACUCUCUGACAACUGGGAGUUCUUCCUUUUACUUUAUUAUUGACACAAGUUAUUUGAAUAGAUUUUUGUGUUUUACAUGAAGAAGCUUUAAAAAGAUUCUGUGUGUGAAUGUUGGCUUUGAAGUGUUCUGAGAUGUGAUGCCAGUGGCUUUCCUGAUUCUGUGGCUUUUUAGAGAAGUCUUCCACCUUCCUUUUUGCCUGAAAAGCAUAAAAGUUUGUUUGCUUACUCCAGAAUAACUACAUUUUUUUUUCCCAGUUAAACAGCUAAAUCUGGUAAGUACAGGUUAUGGUAAGCAAAUGUUGGAAGAGGCAGAUGCCCAGUUUAAACCAGAGGCUAACACCAGCUCACUGCUAAUGUGGUUACUCUAGGAGAGGGUACUGAAGCUUUGUGUGAUUUGUAUAGGCUCAAAUAAUUAAAUCAGGUUAAAGUCUUCUGGGCUUGGCUGCUGUCAGGGCAGAGAUGUGAUGUGCUUCUCUAGAAGGGAAAAGGCCACCAAGUUCCAGCUCAUGGUUAUUUCUGAAAUAAGGGUAACCUUUAUGUGGCCAGCAAUCCGGUCUAAGAACAGAAAUGCCUCACUUAGUCCUAAACUUUUGCCACUGGUAUUGCUCCCCUGAAUUUACCUGCAACUAUUUCUGAUUCACCAGACUUAUGGCAGGUGACUGCUAAUUUUGUCUCAGGGCUUUUUAUCUGGUAUAAAACAAUUCAGACUGCUGUGACAUUCACAUUCUCUAGACAGAGAGACAUAAUUCUGUCUCUCAGAAUUUCUUAGAGAAACACGGAGAGAAGAAAACAAUCUUUAUCAAUCUUUAUCUCUGUUCCUUUGUUUCCCCCAUGUAGAAUGUAUAGAGAUUGUUUAUCUAAAGUAAUUGCUUAAUUAGAUUCCAGUAAAAGUUAUUUGAGCAAUGACCAAUCAGAUCCAGCUGUGUCUUGGACUCUUAGCAGAGAGUCAUGAGUUUGUUAGUUAGAUAGGUAAAUAAGAAGUAUGUAAAAUAGUAUAGUAUCUCUUUAAAUAGUAUAUUAAUGUAAUAUAGUAUAGUUUUAUCAAAGCUAUCCUUCAGCCUUCUUAUCUAGAGCCAAACAUAAUUUCUACCCUGGUUCCAGGGUCCUGCACAUUUUCCUAUAGACUGCAGCUUGUUUGACAUACACUUUUCAUCUAAGAUGUUUUAGUUUAGGGUAAAUUUGAUGAAAACUUUUUGGGAGGAACUUCUAGAAAACAAACUCCUACGGUCCUUCUCUACUUACUUGGUUCGGGAAAAAAUUUUCUUUGAGAGAAGUGGAAAAUAACUUAGUUAUUCAAUGAAUAAAGCACUCUCUAGCACUAAAAAAAAAAAAUAAUAAUACUAGAUGACAACAAAACUCUUUCACUAUUUUGAAGAGAUGAACAAAUUUAGAAAGUCUUUUUUGGGGGUGGUCACCCGGGUCUGGAUGCUGGGGAUUGCUCUCCAGUACUGGGGAUGGCUGCUGCAGAUCACAAAAUGCAGGCUUCCCAUGUUCCUUGGUGUUUCCCAGAUCCCAGUCUGGAGCAGGUUGGAUGGUAUUCAGGAAGAGGAAAGGAAAAGAAACAGUUUAGGGAAAGAAUUGGACUGCUUAGCUAAAUUAACUAGGAAGCAAAGGCAAAAGCAGAAGCAAGCAAAGCAAGCAAGCCAAGCAAGCAAGUAAGUAAGCAAGUAAGUAAAAGUAAGCCAGCCAGCACCAGCCUUUUCUAGACAGCAGACCAUGGGGGGAGGUGAACCCACGGCUGAUAACAAGGCAAAACAAACCUUCACUUUCAGAGUCAGUUCUGAAAGCACAGAACAUAAUAUCAAAUCAUAAACAGAACACACGAUUGGAGAUACAAACACCAUUAUGUCACCCUAGGAUUUGUUCUUACGGAAGUAGAAAGACCCUUAUGAGCCUAUCCUUGUGCUGUUGAUCCUUAUAUUUUCAGCUUAUGCAUGGUGUCCCAUAGCUUCUUGCCCAGAGUGCUUUUUUACCUAUGUUUAAACAUGCUGUAAAUUCUUCCACCAGACUUCCAGGUCCCACCAUGAGGGUGUCCGCUGCAGGCAGCGAGGCCAAAGCUCGUGGGUCCAUCAGUGCCAACAACCGACGCAGCCAGAGCUUUAACAACUAUGACAAAUCCAAGCCUGGCCUUCUCCCUCCAACCCCAACAGGCAGCACUGACAAAGAGCCUGCAGACAGCACGGCCUCCCAGCCCACAGGAAUGAAUGAAAAUGGCUCAUCCUCAGUUCAAAGCUGUGGCAGUGCUGUUCCUUGCAAUAACUCCUCAGCCAUCCCUCAGCCCAGCUCUGCUAUUAAACCUUGGCGCAGCAAGUCCCUCAGCGCCAAGCACACAGCGACGUCUUCCAUGCUGUCCGUGAAGCAGCCGGCGGCGGAGCCUCCAAAGCCGCCCUCGGAAAUCGCCAAAACGGCUCCCAACGGCCAAAAAUCCAUGCUGGAAAAACUAAAACUCUUCAACAGCAAAGGGGGUUCCAAAGCAGCAGUGUCGGGGACAACGCUGGAGUGUCCGGGCUCUCGGGACAACAGCUGUGAAAAGCUGGAGGUGCUUCUCAGCUUUGAGGAGAGCGAAGAAAUCGAUGCCUCCAACCAGAAUGUGAACAACCCGGGAUCGAUGUCCAGCAGCCCCAAAAUUGCGCUCAAGGGAAUCGCACAAAGGACUUUCAGCCGCGCCCUGACUAAUAAGAAAAGUUCUCCAAAGGGUAAUGAGAAGGAGAAAGAGAAACAAAAAGAGAAAGAAAAGGAUAAAAGCAAAGACAUUACAAAGAGAACAUCCAUCACCGAGAAGCUAGAGCUGAAGGCGGAACCUAAAGAAGAACAGACAGCACCAACAACAGCAACAGAGAUGCCAAAAAAGUCCUCCAAGAUCGCAAGCUUUAUCCCCAAAGGAGGGAAGCUGAACAGUGCCAAGAAGGAGGCCUCUGCCCCUUCGCACAGCGGAAUUCCAAAACCAGGAAUGAAAAACACCGCAGGGAAAUCCUCGAGCGCCCCUGUUGCUGCGAAGGAAGGCGAGAGGAGCCGAGGCGGGAAAGGCAGCUCGGGGCUCUCGCACCAGAAGUCCCAGCUGGACAGCCGAAAUUCCAGCUCCUCCUCCAGCCUGGCUUCCGAGGGCAAGGGUGCCGGGGGUCUGCCCGGCAGCGGCAGCAGCCAGGCCGUGAGCGGGCCCGCGGCGGCCGCGCACAGCAUGGGCAGCGGCACCGCCAGUGUGCAGCUGCCGCACCCCCAGCAGCAGCACAGCCACCCCAACACCGCCACCGUCGCGCCCUUCAUGUACAGAUCUCAGACAGACAAUGAAGGGAAUGUAACAGCUGAGGCCAGCACAGGAGGGGUCAGCAUGGAUUCUGCUCUUUAUGUCAAAACUGCCCAGCCUGCCCUCGAGGACCUCUCAGGAGAGGAUCCGGAGACGCGGCGGCUGCGAACUGUGAAGAACAUCGCUGACCUUCGGCAGAACCUGGAGGAAACCAUGUCCAGUCUGCGGGGAACCCAGGUCACCCACAGCACGCUGGAGACCACGUUCGACACGAACGUCACCACGGAGAUCAGCGGGCGCAGCAUCCUCAGCCUGACGGGGCGGCCGACGCCGCUGUCCUGGCGGCUGGGCCAGUCCAGCCCGCGGCUGCAGGCGGGCGACGCGCCCUCCACGGGCAGCGGCUACCCGCCGCGGGGCAACGCCAGCCGCUUCGUCAGCGCCGAGCCGGGCGCCGCGCGCUACCUCUGCUCGGCGCCGCUGCGGCGGCAGCUGGCCACGCGCGGCGGCAGCGUCUGCCACGUGGACGGCGCCGACAAGGCCGGCGACGACAUCGACCUGGAGGGCAUCGCCAUGGACGCCGCCGGCUACAUGAGCGACGGCGAUGUGCUGGGCAAGAACAUCAGGGCCGACGACAUCACCAGCGGGUACCUGACGGACGGCGGGCUGGGGCUGUACACGCGGCGCCUGAACCGGCUGCCCGAAGGCAUGGCCACGGUGCGGGAGACGCUGCAGCGCGGCACGGCCCUGCGCCUUGGCGACGCCGACAGCUGGGAUGACAGCAGCUCUGUCAGCAGUGGCAUCAGUGACACCAUAGACAAUCUCAGUACGGAUGACAUUAACACCAGCUCCUCUAUCAGCUCCUAUGCCAACACACCUGCCUCCUCCCGCAAGAACUUAGAUGCACAGACCGAUGCAGAAAAGCAUUUCCAGGUGGAGCGGAAUUCCUUAUGGUCCAGUGAUGAAGUCAAGAAAUCUGAUGGGGGCUCCGAUAGCGGCAUAAAAAUGGAGCCGGGAUCCAAGUGGAGGCGGAAUCCCUCUGAUGUGUCGGAUGAGUCUGAUAAAAGCACUUCUGGUAGGAAGAACACUGUUAUUUCCCAGACGGGCUCCUGGCGACGGGGCAUGUCAGCUCAGGUUGGCAUUACCACACCAAGGCCCAAACCUUCAACCACCUCAGGCACGUUAAAGACACCUGGAACAGGGAAAACUGAUGACGCCAAGGUAUCAGAAAAGGGUAGACUAUCUCCUAAAGCUGGACAUGUUAAACGUUCCCCAUCAGAUGCAGGACGCAGCAGUGGUGAUGAAUCCAAAAAGCUUCCCACAAGUAACUCUAGGACAGCUGCUGCUAAUGCUAAUACUUUUGGAUUUAAGAAACAGAGCGGGUCAGCCAUAGGCAUGACCAUAAUCACUGCCAGUGGGGCAACUCUCACCAGUAGAUCGGCUACCUUGGGAAAGAUCCCCAAGUCAUCUGGACUCAUGGGUAGGACCACUGGUCGGAAGACUAGUGUUGAUGGCUCCCAGAACCAGGAUGAUGGCUACUUAGCACUUAGUGCACGAACUAAUCUUCAGUACCGUAGCUUACCCCGGCCCAGUAAAUCCAGUAGCAGAAGUGGAGCUGGCAAUAGAUCUAGCACGAGUAGCAUAGACUCCAACAUAAGCAGCAAGUCAGCUGGGUUGCUUGUCCCUAAAAUCAGAGAGCCUGCCAAGGUAAUCCUUGGAAGCUCUCUGCCAGGAUUAGUCAAUCAGACUGAUAAAGAGAAAGGGAUUUCGUCUGACAACGAAAGCGUGGCUUCAUGUAAUUCUGUUAAAGUGAACCCUGCAUCACAGCCUGCUGCUAGCGGAGCUCAGAGUACCCACCAGCAAGGAGUCAAGUACCCCGAUGUGGCCUCUCCCACUCUGCGCAGACUUUUUGGUGGCAAACCUAGUAAACAAGUUCCCAUCACAACAGCUGAAAAUAUGAAAAACUCAGUAGUCAUCUCCAACCCUCACGCUACCAUGAACCAGCAGGGUAACCUUGACUCCCCAUCUGGCAGUGGUGUGCUGAGCAGUGGGGGCAGCAGUCCCCUCUAUGGUAAAAACACAGAUCUCAACCAGUCUCCACUGGCUUCCAGCCCCAGUUCUGCACACUCGGCUCCUUCCAACAGUUUGACGUGGGGUACCAACGCCAGUAGUUCUUCUGCAGUUAGCAAGGAUGGCAUUGGAUACCAGUCUGUCAGCAGCCUCCACACCAGCUGCGAGUCCAUAGACAUCUCCCUGAGCAGUGGAGGUGGGCUGAGCCACAACUCCUCAGGUGGCUUGAUCCCAGCCUCCAGGGACGAUUCCCUGACUCCCUUCGUCCGAACCAACAGCGUUAAGACUACGUUGUCUGAAAGCCCUCUUUCUUCCCCUGCUGCUAGCCCCAAAUUCUGCCGAAAUACUUUGCCCAGGAGACAGGACAGCGACCCACAUCUUGAUAGGAACACUUUGCCUAAGAAGGGACUCAGGUAUACUCCAUCCUCCCAGCUCCGUAGUCAAGAGGAUGCAAAGGAAUGGCUUCGAUCCCAUUCAGCAGGAGGAUUGCAGGAUACUGCUGCCAAUUCUCCAUUUUCAUCUGGAUCCAGCAUAACAUCACCCUCUGGAACUAGAUUUAACUUCUCGCAGCUUGCGAGCCCCACGAGCGCGGCGCAGAUGAGCCUGUCCAACCCCAGCAUGCUGCGCACGCACAGCCUGUCCAACGCCGACGCGCCCUACGAGCCCUGCGGCGACGCGCGCCUCCGCAACAGCUCCGUGUCCCUGGACGAGAAGAGCCGCACCAUGAGCCGCUCCGGCUCCUUCCGCGACGGCUUCGAGGAGGUGCAUGGUUCUUCUCUCUCUUUGGUGUCCAGUACAUCAUCUAUUUAUUCUACACCUGAAGAGAAGUGCCAGUCAGAGAUUCGCAAGCUGCGGAGAGAAUUGGAUGCAUCCCAAGAAAAAGUGUCAGCUCUGACAACUCAGCUAACUGCUAAUGCUCACCUGGUGGCAGCGUUUGAGCAGAGCCUGGGGAACAUGACAAUCCGAUUGCAGAGCCUGACCAUGACAGCAGAACAAAAGGACUCGGAACUGAACGAGUUAAGGAAGACAAUUGAACUCCUGAAGAAACAAAAUGCUGCUGCUCAGGCUGCCAUCAAUGGAGUCAUCAACACACCUGAGCUCAACUGCAAAGGUCCUGGAGCUGCUCAGCCCGCGGAGCUGCGGAUCCGCAGGCAGCACUCCUCGGACAGCGUCUCCAGCAUCAACAGUGCCACCAGCCACUCCAGCGUGGGCAGCAACAUCGAGAGCGACUCCAAGAAAAAGAAGAGGAAGAACUGGGUCAAUGAGUUACGCAGCUCCUUCAAGCAAGCUUUUGGGAAAAAGAAAUCUCCCAAGUCAGCAUCUUCUCAUUCAGACAUUGAGGAGAUGACUGAUUCUUCCUUACCUUCCUCACCAAAGCUACCACACCACAACACCACUGUUUCAACACCACUGCUGAGAGCUUCCCAUUCCAAUUCCCUGAUUUCGGAGUGCGCGGACAGCGAGGCCGAGACGGUGCUGCAGCUGCGCAACGAGCUGCGCGACAAGGAGAUGAAGCUGACGGACAUCCGCCUGGAGGCCCUCAGCUCUGCCCACCAGCUGGACCAGCUGCGCGAGGCCAUGAACAGGAUGCAGAGUGAGAUUGAAAAGUUAAAAGCAGAGAACGAUCGGCUGAAAUCUGAAAACCACGGCAGCUGUAGCAGGGCUCAGUCUCAGGUUUCCAUCUCCUCCUCUCCCAGACACUCAGUGGGUCUCUCUCAACACAGCCUGAACCUCACGGAGUCAACCAGUCUCGACAUGCUCUUGGAUGACACUGGAGAUGGCUCUGCCCGGAAAGAAGGAGGCAGGCAUGUCAAAAUAGUCGUCAACUUCCAGGACAAGAUGAAAUGGAAGGAGGAUUCCAGGCCUCGCACCUUCCUCAUCGGCUGCAUUGGAGUCAGUGGGAAGACCAAGUGGGAUGUUCUGGAUGGGGUUGUGAGACGCCUGUUUAAGGAGUACAUCAUCCACGUGGAUCCCGUCAGCCAGCUGGGGCUGAACUCGGACAGCGUCCUGGGCUACAGCAUCGGGGAGAUCAGGCGCACCAACAGCGCCGAGACCCCGGAGCUGCUGCCCUGCGGGUACCUGGUUGGAGAAAACAACACUAUCUCCGUUACCAUCAAAGGUGUCUGUGAGAACAGCCUGGACGGGCUGGCAUUCGAGUCGCUGAUCCCCAAGGCCAUCCUGCAGCGCUACGUGUCCCUGCUGAUGGAGCACAGGAGGAUCAUCCUGUCUGGCCCCAGUGGCACGGGCAAAACCUACCUGGCCAACCGGCUGUCGGAGUGCAUGGUGCUCCGGGAGGGCCGGGAGCUGGCCGAGGGCAUCAUCGCCACCUUCAACGUCGACCACAAAUCCAGCAAGGAGCUCCGCCAGUACCUGUCCAACCUGGCAGACCAGUGCAACAGUGAAAAUAAUGCUGUGGAUAUGCCUCUUGUCAUAAUUUUGGAUAAUUUGCACCACGUUAGCUCCCUAGGAGAGAUCUUUAAUGGACUCCUAAACUGCAAGUACCACAAAUGUCCAUAUAUUAUUGGCACAAUGAACCAAGCCACCUCCUCCACACCUAAUCUUCAGCUUCAUCAUAAUUUCAGAUGGGUGCUGUGUGCAAACCACACUGAGCCUGUCAAAGGCUUUCUCGGCCGUUUCCUGAGGAGAAAACUGAUUGAAACAGAGAUCAGUGGCAGGAUGAGGAAUGCAGAGCUGGUGAAAAUUAUUGAUUGGAUUCCCAAGGUCUGGCAACAUCUGAACAAAUUCUUGGAGGCUCACAGCUCUUCUGAUGUUACUAUUGGUCCACGGCUCUUCCUGUCCUGUCCAAUAGAUGUAGAUGGCUCUAGAGUUUGGUUCACUGACUUGUGGAACUACUCCAUCAUUCCAUAUCUUCUGGAGGCAGUAAGAGAAGGGCUACAGUUGUAUGGGAGGAGAGCACCCUGGGAGGAUCCUGCCAAGUGGGUGAUGGACACCUACCCCUGGGCAGCCAGCCCCCAGCACCACGAGUGGCCUCCUCUGCUGCAGCUGCGGCCCGAGGACGUGGGCUUCGAUGGCUACUCCGUGUCCCGGGAAGGCUCCACCAGCAAGCAAGUCCCAGUGAGUGAUGCUGAAGGAGAUCCUCUGAUGAACAUGCUAAUGAGGCUGCAGGAGGCAGCCAACUACUCCAGUCCCCAGAGUUAUGACAGCGACUCCAACAGCAACAGCCAUCACGAUGACAUCCUGGAUUCCUCCCUGGAGUCGACGUUGUGAUCUCCCUCAGACAGAAGUUCUUUCCACUUGGCAAGAGCCCUGAUCACAGGCUCAUAAAAAGAACACGUUCCUGGGCUGGGAUCUCAGUAUUAAGAGCUGCAAGAACAAGACACUUGGAGCAAUCUUGAACCUGGGUGCAGGCAACCCAAGUGACCUUUCUAUUGUUUUUAUUUUGACAAUGAUGAGAACUGCACUACUCCUUUGUUUCCUUCUUUUUAGUUGCUGUAAGCUCUCAUGCCGAAGAUCCUGGAGAUGUUAAAAAUAGUCAUCAUUACUAAGUUGAAGGGACUGGGGUGGGGGCAACUUCACAGCUGUGAAGUAUACAGCUUUGUGCCAUGUGCUGUCUGGAAAGAGAGGGGAGAGGUAAUAUUUGCCUAUGCUGCUUCUGACCAAACACAUUUACGUGAGGGCUGGACUUUUACCAAUCACCUUUGUGGGUUUAAACUCAGCUUCAUAUAGUUCUGGUGCUAUAAUAAUAUCUCUUGCCUCCGUAAUAAUACUCAGUGAAGGCCAAGCUGCAAAACAGGGAAGUUUGAAUAAAUAUUAAAAAAAGAGAAAAGGAGAAAAAGAAACUAAAAAAGUGCUGCUCUCCUUGCCAGUCUUAGACCUGGGCUUUCUUUCAUUGUGUGUUUAUAAAGAUUAUAUAUAUAAAUAGGAAUAUAUAAAAAUAUAUAUACAGUCUGAACAAAUCAGGUUUUUUUCCAAACACUGUGUAGCAAUCAAUUCUGCUACAAGUGAAAGAUCAGGUAGCCUUUUGCUAGUCAGGGCCCAAUUCUCUUCCCACUUAGAUCCACACCACCAGCUGGGCUGAUUUCUGUGGCAUUUACACCCCUAAUCCACCCUGAGGAGAGGGGGCUUCCCUCCUUUGCAGAAGUCAGUGGCAGGGCUGUGCCCCGCGGGGUCCUACAGCCCCAGAGGACCCUUGGCAGUGCCCAGGCAUGGUGAGCUCUGUACACAGAGGUGAGCUACACCCCUGCAGAGGGAUGAGUCAGACUUGCAGUUUGUAAUUCUUGCCAUGAAAUGUGACAGCUGUUUUUUAGAAAACUCUGGGUUUUGUUCCGAGGUUUCGUUCCAAUCAGCACAACCGUAAGGGGGUUAAUUAAAAUUCAGCUCUGUGGCAUUCCAGUGCUGCUCUGGUGACACUACUUACUUCCAUGACUUUUCUUUUUAAUUGCA